GCAGUGGCAGUGCCGUUGCGGCAGUUGUCACUUUUUUCUGUGCGAGUCGUGGUUAAACGGAGCUUUACGUCGUGCGCGUAAAUCGCAAUAUUUUUGCGAUUUUGCGAGUGAAAUGUGAAAUUAUUGCUUUUGAAUCAUCCCGAAUAAUAUCUUGUUCAGUGUAGUGCAGUGAUUACAUAAAGUAUGUCAAAAUCAGAGUCAUCAGAGGCAAAGCCAUCAGAGGCAGAGCCAUUAAAGAUAGAAGGAUCAAAGUCGGAGCCAUCAGAGGCAAAGUUAUCAGAAGUAGAGCCGUUAGUGAUAGAACUGCCAGAAGCAAAGUUAUCAGAGACAAAGUCAUCAGAGCCAAAGCCAUCAGGAAUAAGGCCACCCUCAAAGAUUGAAAGACUUUGCUCCUCUAGGCCACGUAGACCAGAUAUUCCACCAUCUUCCCCAGUGAAAUCAGUGACUACAAAGAUCAAACAGAUGGAGCCUCUCUGGGAAUCGCGCGGCCGUCAAAUAGACGAGGCCAGGUUGCGAAGAGGGUCAGAUACCAGCGUCGUUCUGACUGAGGACACUGAAAGCUUUAUGAUCGGUGAUCGAGUAUGGGUCGGCGGCACAAAACCCGGCAGAAUUGCCUACAUCGGCGAGACCAAGUUCGCACCUGGGGACUGGGCAGGAGUCGUCCUGGAUGAGCCCAUUGGGAAGAACGACGGUUCGGUGGCGGGUAGCCAGUACUUCCAAUGCGAGCCAAAAAAGGGAAUCUUUUCGAGGCUCACCAGGUUGACCAGGGCGCCGCUGGGCGGUUAUCAAAUGACCUCAACGCCGACAUCGCCGCCCGAAAGCAUCAGGGGCAGCUAUCUCGGCAAAUCCAUGUCGCCAUCAUUGAAUGUAUCGACGACCAGCUUGUCCUCAUCGGUGUCGCAGAGGGAUGAGCUGAAGAUAGGUGACCGGGUGAUAGUGUCGUCGAUGCAAGGUAGCAAAACCGGCGUGCUUAGGUAUCAAGGGCCCACGGAUUUCGCCGGGGGCGAAUGGUACGGCGUGGAGCUGGAUGAGCCACUCGGCAAGAACGACGGCUCCGUCAGCGGGAAAAGAUACUUCGAGUGCCCGCCCAAGCACGGUCUCUUCACGGUCCCGCACAAGGUCAGCAGGUCGCCAUCCGCCAGAAAAUCAUCCAUGGUGUAUAAAUCAAGCAGUGGCAGCGGCACCGCCGUUAACGUUCCCAGCCUUCAGAAGAGAAGCGGUUCACGCGACUCACUCGCGUCCAGCAUUAUCAGCGUCAACGCGAAAACAAGUACACCGAUCGGCACGACGAGGACAUUGCAGAGGCCUGGCAUGCGCAUGUCGACACUUGUUUCACGAGAUUCACUGCAGGAGAUUCUGAAAGAGAAGCAACACGAGAUAGAGCUUCUUCGAAAGCAACGGGAUUUGGAGCGCGAAAGGGUCACCAAAGCGGCGAGUCAAGCUGAUCAAGCGGAGCAAUCUGCGCUCUCUAUCAAACAAGAAUAUGAUAAGUAUCGCGAACAGAUGCAACAAACAGUCAACGAAGCGGAGCUCACUGUCACCAAACUCGUCAACGAAAGAAAUGGAUUGAUGGUGCAGCUGGAAGAGGAGAAGCGAAAGUGCGAAGAUCUUCUUUUCCGCUUCGAAGAGGAAUCCGUGAAUAAAGACGACAUACAGAAAGAGAGAUCUGAGCAAAGUGUCAUAAAUACUGUAAAUGAAAGCAGGAUCAAGCAGCUCGAGGAAGAGCUCGCUGAGGAACGACGGGAACGUGCCGCUCAGUUGGAACGCGACAGCAUCAAACUUUUCGAGGCUGAGGAGGAAUUAGCACGGCUACGUAAUGAGAUCAGCUGCGCGACCAACUCACACAAUUCUCAGCUUCAUGAUCUGGAGAGCCGUAAUCAGAGCUUAGAAGAGAUUAAGAUUAGUUUGGAGAAGGAAGCGCGGGAGAAAUCGGUCCUGGUGAAUGAAUGCGUGGAUCGUAUCCGGGAAUUGGAGCUGGAACUGAACAAAACGAAGCAAGAGAACACAUCGCACAGCGAGUCUGAGAGUCGUCUGGAGAGAGAAUUGGAAGCCACUAGACGAAACCUGCAGAAUAGAGAGACAUUAAUAAAAAAUAUGAAAUUAGAAUUCGAAAAGAGUACGAAUUUGUUGAGCGAAGAGCUACGAAAGUCGAAGGAAACAAUUGAGACGAUGAAGAAAGAGAGCAUGAGUGAGAAAGACUCGUUAUUGUCGGAGUAUCGACAGACGAUCGAGGAGAAAGAUCGGUUGAUCAAGGUAAAGACUGAGGAACUGGAGAACGAGUCCAGGAGGCUAUUAGAGCAGCAGAAUGUGGCUCUGGAGGGGCUGAAGACUGAGAACAUUAAGCGUAUCCAUGAACUUUCAGAGUCUUUCGAACAACAAUUGCGCGCGAAGGACUCGAAAAUUGAAGAGUUCUCACAACAACUCAAUCAGAGUGUAUCUGAGACUGAGAGACUGUUGGCCGAAUUGGCUGCUGAACGAGAGCUUCGCAAGAAGAAAGAUGAAGAACUGAUUGACGCUCUACGAAAGUUAGAAGAGUUAAGUACAAAACUCAAAUUGGCCGAAGAAAAUAACAAUGCAUUAUCGAAACAGAUUCAAAAUUAUAAAUCCAAGAGUGAUGACAAUAUCAGAAUCAUUCACGAGAAGCAACAAUUGGAGCAAAACUUAGCUAGCUUAAUCGCUUCGGAAGAGAAAUCCACUGCUCAACUAAAUAAAUUAAACGAGGAGCUGAAGGUGAAGGAUAGAGAGCUCGCGGAAUUGCGAAAUGCUAGCGUGGCGCAAUUAGAGGAAAUAACUAAACGUUUUGAGGCCCAAAUUAAUGAAAAAGCUAAAUAUAUCGACGAGAUAAGUGCGGACGUCGCGCAGAAAGCCUUGAUGCUCGCUAAACUGGAGAAAGACAUUGCUGAUCUGAAAGCGAUUAUAGCGAGCAAGGAUGAAGAAAUCAAACAUCUUCUCGAAAAGACUUCAGAGUUGCAAGAUGCUCUCACAUUAUCCGAACAAACGAAAACGAAUUUAGAGAGCGAACUUCGCGUAUUCGAGUCGAACGUGCAGAAUUUGAAUCAACAGAUUGUAAGAUUCGAAGAGAAAAUAUCGCAACUGUCGUUGCAAAAGGAAAAACUGGAGCAUGAUGUAGCAAAUGCGAUUAGCAGCUCCGCCGAUUCAUCGGAACAGCUAUCGAAAUAUAAUGAGGACUUACGAAGAAAAGAGAAGGAGCUAGACGAAGCUCGUGAAAAGAUCUUCCAUAUAGAAUCUACAUUGAGACAAACAGAGGGAAAGUUAUCCAAUACCGAGUCGGAAUUAAAUAAAAACGCAGCGUUAGUCGAGCAAUUGCGCUCGGAAAAAUCAAAUUUGGAAUUGCAAAUAAGCGAUAUUAAAAAAUUAAAUGCAAACUAUACCGAGAAAAUACAAGAAUAUGAACAAAAAGAAAACGAAUUAUCAGCAAAGUUAAAAGAAAGUGAACAUAUCAAGAAGAAUUUAGAAGAAAAAUCUGGCGAAAUCGCUAAUCUUACGAAAAGAUUGACAAAGAAAGAAGAAGAGAUCGUUAAUCUUCGUGAGGAGCACAAAACCUUGCAAAGUUCCCACGAAGAACAGAUAUCCUCAUUCCAGAAACAAAUUGCGGAUUUAUCGGCCCAAUUAACGACUUUGUGUGUCGAGAUAAAAACCUUGCAAAAAUUCAAAAAUAAACUGGAAGCCGAUCAAAGUGCGAAUCUAUGGUCGAUUGAGGAAUUAACAGAAAAAUUGAAAGCUGAAUCGGAUAAAUCAUCAAAGUUAGAGAAUUUGAUUCAGGAAAAGAGCUUGAAGCUUCAGGACACGGAAAAUAAAUUGUCGGAAUUGCAAAAGACGCAUGACGCUUUGAUUAACGAUAAAGCGGCAGCCGAUAAGAAUUUAACCACGUCUUUAAAUACCAUGACAAACGCGAUAGAGGAAUUGAACGGCAAGUUAAAGGACGCUGAAAAAAUGAUUAGAGAUAAGACGGACGAAGUGUCAAAAGCGAGAGCGGAGAUGGAAAAGUCGCAAGCACAAAUAAUUGAAAUGGACGCCACAAUCUCAUCCAUGAAAAACGAGCAUAUUCAUAGUAGCAAUGAACUAAAAAACGCACAAGAAGCAGUUAUGCAAAAACAAAGCAUGGUAAACGAAUUGACUAAAGUCAAAACUGCUUUGGAAAACUCAAUGAAAACCAUGGAAACUCAAUUAUUGAAUUUACAUGAGGAAUUAGAUAAAAGAGAGGAGCUCCUGGCAGAGAUGGAAGUUAUGAUAAAGGAAUCAGAAACUUCUAAGAAGGAAGAAAUGCUGAAAUUACAAAAUUCGUUGGAAUGUGAUAUUGUAACGAAACAAAAGGAAGUUGAAGACAUAAAUAGGCAAAAUAAAGAGCUAGAAGGAAAAUUGCGAUCAUUACAGGACGCUGUAGAUAGGUAUAAAUCUGAUUCAAAUGAUAAAGAGACUAUUAUUGGUAAAUUGAAAGCGCAGAUGAAAGCUUUGGAGGAUGCGCAGGUGGAAAGAACCAAAGCAGAACAACAGUCGCGAAAUGAGGAAACCAAGUCGAAACAGAAUGAAUUGAGCGGCGCGAAUAAGCGGAUUCAUGAGCUGCAGCACGCGAUGAACGCGUUGGAGAAACAGCUGAAGGAACAGGCUGAUUUGACGAGAAUUAUGGAAAAUAAUGAGAAAGAAGUGAAGAAAAAUGUCCAAAACUUGCAGGAGAAAUUGAAUGUCGCUAAGACAGAGGAGACACGACUUCUGGGCGAGCUGAGUCGAUUGGAAAAAGAGAAUAAGCAGGUAAUUGCGAAGUGGACAGAGGCAACGAAUCAGUUGAAGUUAUCGCAGGAAAAUUUAAAGAAUAUUUUUGAUGGAACGGGUGAUAUGAAACAACAACAUAUUGUUGAGAAACUGCAGGAGGAGAAUGACACCGCAAAGAGUCAGAUAGAUUUUUUGAACUCCGUGAUAGUCGAUAUGCAACGUAAAAACGAGAGCCUGCUGUGUAAGAUCGAGGUUCUCGAGAUGGGAGUUCCCGCUAACGAAGCUGAUGACUAUACUCGAAGCACAUUGGAUAAGCGAACGGCGACGCCCCGUAUGUUCUGUGAUAUUUGCGAUCGGUUUGAUCUGCAUGAGACGGAAGACUGUCCCCAACAGGCUCAGGAUUUCUCGGAUGGAGUCUCGGAGAAAGUAGCAAAAUCUUCGAAGAAGCAAUCCGUAGAGAGACCGUAUUGCGAAAACUGUGAGAUGUUCGGUCACGAUACACACGACUGCGACGACGCCGAAACAUUUUAACGUUAACAUUAUAUGUUCUUAAAUCCAUUUCAUUCGCUUGCCAAGAUAUCCCACGCAUAGCUAUAAAGAGAUCUGUUUUAAAUUUUACAGAGUAUAUAUAUAUAUAUAUAUAUAUAUAUAUAUAUAUAUAUAUAUAUUUUUGUAUGGCAGAUUUUUUGAUUAUAUUCUAAAUCUCUGAGUAUAUAUGAGUCUUCCCAUAUAAAACGCACUCUAAAACAUUUAUGCUUCCUCCAAAUGUAAAACGCGAUUUUAACAAAAUACUUUUUAAAAAAUUUCCUGGACUAUAUACUUAUCCUUAUUGAAUCUUACAUUAUUGAAUCUAAAAAUAUAUACUAGACACUAAAAAAUCGAUAACUAUACUAAAAUUUAUUUUAUAAAUUAUAUUAUUUAUUUUAUAAAUUAUAUUUAUUGUGUAUUAAUUGGAUUAUCUUAGAAGUUAUAUUUAAUGUAGCAUUGCUUUGGAAUGGAGAAAAGAAACAAUUGGAAUUUUCUGUGUUAGAAAACCAAGAUAAUUAUUUAAUGUUUUAUGCACAAAUGUAUUUGAAGGGAGCAUACAUUUGUUUUUCAGCUUUAAUAUCUAUUUUUUUAACAUUUUUGUGACGAGUUAUGUGUAAUUAUGUAUAUAUUAGAUACAUUGAAUUAACUUGUGUUAGCCUCUUAAUUAAUAUUUAUUUGUUGCGUUUUUCGCGUAUGUUAAGAAGACAGUUCCUGUAUUACUCAUUGGUAAAAGGCGCAUUUUCGGGCAUGAGAGAACUUUUUCAAUUAAUUUUGCCUCUUUCUUUGAUAUAUUCUUAUAUACUCUUCAUUGAGAGGUUCCGAACAAUCUCUUCUAAUAGAUAGAAAGAAAGUAGAAAACAUACAUGUCUCGAAUAAUUUUUGAGGCUGAUUUAAAGAAGUAUCAUGGCCUGCUAUUGUCUUGCCUCUUUGUUAAUGAAUAUUAAGAUUGAAGAUAUAUUUUCUAAGUCGAUUGUAUUAUUGUAACAUGUGAUGCAUUGGAGAUAAUG